AUGAAUGAGGAUUCAUAUCUCGAUGUGAAAGAGAACAUUGGGGAAGGACUGGUGGAGGAAGGAAACAGCCCACUCAACAGGAGGAAUAAUUCCUCUGUAUGCGGCAACCUGCAAGCGAAGCCGCAGCCUUUUACCACCUGUUUAAAAAUUGUUUUCAACAGUCAGGAUCUUCUUCCGAGCCAUUUUCACCCUAUAGCUUUGCAGCCAUGUGUGCUUUUUCCAGUACUUCUAAAAAUACACGACAAAGACAACAGGAAGGAGCCAACUGCAAGCGGAGAAAAAAAAUCAGACUGUAAUAAGCACCAGAAGAGUCAUAACAGAGAGAAAACAUUUACAUGCCUGCAGUGCGGAAGAAGCUUUGCACGGAAGGAUAACCUAAUUUCCCAUCAAAGAACUCACACAGGAGAGAAACCAUAUAAAUGCCUGGAGUGUGGAAAGAGCUUCACUAGGACUACAAACCUGACUUCCCAUCAAGAAAUCCACACAGGGGAGCAACGGCAUACAUGCCUGGAGUGUGGAAAAACCUUUGCGCGGAAGGAUAUUCUAACUUCCCAUCAAAGAAUUCACACUGGGGAGAAACCAUAUAAAUGCCUGCAGUGUGGCAAAAGCUUCAACCAGAGUGGAAACUUGAAUUCCCAUCUAAGCAUUCACACAGGGGUGAAAAAGUAUAAAUGCCUGGAAUGUGGAAAAAGUUUUAACGGGAGUGGAAACUUUACUGCCCAUCAAAGGAUUCACACAGGGGAGAAGCCUUUUAAAUGCCUGGAGUGUGGGAAAACGUUUAGGCGGAAAGAUUUUCUAACUUCCCAUCAGAGAGUUCACACAGGUGAGAAACCAUAUAAAUGCAUGGAGUGUGGGAAAAGCUUCAGUCAGGCUGGAAACCUUGGUGCCCAUCAAAGAAUUCACAAAGAGGGGAAAAGUUGUAAAUGCCUGGUGUGUGGGGAAACCUUUGGUCACAGUGCAAGACUUGCUUUCCAUGAAAAAACUCACACAGCAAAGAGAAAAUUGUCAUGCCAGGAGUGUGGAAAGAACUUCAGGCAGAGCAAAAACGUCAAUUCACAUACAAGAAUUCACCCAGGGAAGAAAAAAAUAUAA